AUGCCAAGGGAUCCGCUCAUCGGGUUGGUGGGAAAGCCAUCUAGCGGGAAAUCGACCACGCUGAACAGUUUGACCGAUGCUUCUUCCAAAGUUGGUAAGGGAUUUGAAUUGCAUAUUGGAAUUGCUAGGCCUGCUAACCAUGAAAUUCCGCAUCUAGGAAACUUCCCUUUCACCACUAUCGACCCUCAGCGCGCCAUUGGUUAUCUUCAAAUAGAAUGCGCCUGCCAGCGAUUCAACGUCUCGGAUAAGUGCAAACCGAACUACGGAGGCUGUUUCGAGGGACGACGGUCUGUCCCGAUUGAGCUCCUCGAUGUGGCUGGCCUUGUGCCGGGUGCGCAUCAAGGCCGAGGGCUGGGAAACAAGUUCUUGGAUGAUCUGCGUCAUGCAGACGCCUUGAUCCAUGUGGUGGAUGUCAGCGGAACAACAGAUGCGGAAGGAAAGGCAACACGAGGAUAUGACCCUUCGCAAGACAUUGAAUGGCUGCAUUCGGAGAUUGUGCGAUGGGUUCUCGGAAACCUGAUGCAGAAAUGGGGAUCGAUCAAGAGAAGACAUAUGGCUAUCAAGUCGACGGCUGUGGAUACCCUGCAGAACCAGUUCUCCGGUUACGGGAGUACGACACAGAUCGUGGGAAGGUGCUUGGACCGAAUAGGGCUAAAGCAGCCCCUUGAGGAGUGGUCGGACGAAACGAUCCAGAAAGUUGUGGAAGCGUUCAUCGACGAGAAGUUCCCCACGGUGUUUGCCUUGAACAAAAUCGACCAUCCCGACGCAGACAAGAACGUCAGCAAAAUUGCCAAGAUGCAAGACUCGCAGUCUAUUGUGCUUUGUUCCGCCAUUUCAGAGGUGUUCCUACGAAGACUCGCGAAGCAAAAUUACAUCAAAUAUGUGGAAGGAAGCGAAUUUCUAGAUACGCGAGAAGAUCUUAUAGAUAUGGGCGAUGCCGAUGGGGGUGGAUUGAAGGAGAUGGACGAGAAGUUGAAGACCCGCGUCGAGAACAUGAAAGACAUGGUACUGUACCGCUUCGGAUCUACCGGAGUAGUACAGUGUCUCUCGCGAGCUGCGGAACUUCUAGGACUUGUGCCCGUUUUCCCCGUCAGAAACCUUUCGACUUUCUCGUCCGGUGCCGGAUCCGCAGCAUUCCGAGAUUGCGUUCUUGUGAAGAAGAAUAGCACGGUGGGCCAAGUUGCUCAGAAGGUUAUGGGUGAUGUACCAAUUUCCUACAUCGAAGGAGUUGGUGGUGUCCGUGUCUCGGAAGACGACAUUGUUGCUGUCGGGAAACACGAUGUACUCAGCUUCAAGCCUGGCCGUUAA